AUGACACGCUUCAUGGUUUUGUUUGCCCUCGUGGCGGCGGCUGUUGUGAACGGCUACCACAUGCAACCCCCUGGUCCUUACGGCCGGUACCGACCCUACACCAUGCCGAACGGAGUUGCCUCCACCCAACACUCACCCCUCGAGGUGACGGACGGUCUCUUGUUGGAAGCCGACACUGGAUACAAUAACUUCAACAACCAUGGAUACUACACUGGCGAAGGUCCCAUGCAGAGGGGCGGUCCUCUCAGGAACGACAGGCCUCGUGGUUUCUAUGACCAAGCCUACCACGCGAAUUCUGGUUACUACCAGCAGGGAUUCUACUCCAGUGAACUCUUUGACGACGGAAGAAACCACAUCUACGGUGACUGGUAG